AAUGCUUAAUCAAGUUAUAAUAACUGCCUCAAAAAUAAACAUACACUACUUUUUUUUAGUUUGAGAAAUUAACGCCCAAUAAACCUUAUAAUAUUUUUGCCGCCAUUAAAAUGUUUUGCAAGCUUCUUCUCUGCAACUACUAAAUCAACCAUCUUCUCAAACAAGAAGAACCCAAACUUGGACAUGAAAUCAUCAUCAUCAUCAAUUAAGAAGCAGACGCAGUACUAAAAAGAAGCAGCAGAGGAAUCAAUCAAUAUGGGUAACAACGAAAACAUAAUCUCCCUUCAAUUAUCUCUAAGGUUACAUUCAUUCCAAAGAAUAAAAAGAGUAAUUCUCUCUUUAAUUUUUUCAUUUCCGACUUCAGUUCUUGCUUUUCUUCUUCUCCUUCUUCUUUCAUAUAAUGGUUCUAGAACCUUUUGUCCAAACAUACCUUUUCCAACUAAAACUUUACUUGAAUCUGAUACUUUAUUUUCUCCUGAAAUGACAAUCACUUCUUCUUCAUCAUCAACUUCUCCUCUCAUGUAUUCAUUGAAAGAGGAAAUUCCACCAUCAAAAUUAAAAACCCAUCCCCCACUUUUACAAAAAUCAUCAUUGUCAUCAUCUUCUUCUUCAAAAGUGUUGGGAAAGGGGUCUAACAAACCCGUAUUCAAGAUUUUCAAGCCUACUCCUUUGUCUAGACAGUUUUCAGUAAGAGCAAAGGAAUUCUUUCAUGGGACAAAUUCUUCUUCUUCUUCCUCUUCAAAUUCCUCCUCGUACUGUAAGUUACGUUUUUUUAUGACUUGGAUUUCAUCUCUAGAUUCAUUUGGUGAUCGUGAAUUGCUGUCUAUUGAGAGUGUUUUCAAAUCACACCCAAAUGCUUGUUUACUUAUAAUAUCAACUUCAAUGGAUUCAAAGCAAGGUCUUGAAUUGUUAAGACCCUUUACUGACAAAGGGUACCGGGCUUUAGCGAUUUCUCCGAAUUUUGAUUAUAUUUUAAAGAAUACAUUUGCGGAAGCUUGGUUUGAUAGGCUUAGGAAAGGAAGUGUUGAUCCUGGUGAAGUUUCUUUAGGCCAGAAUAUUUCAAAUUUGCUCAGACUUGCAAUUUUGUAUAAAUUUGGUGGAAUUUAUAUAGAUACUGAUGUACUAGUACUGAAAAACUUGUCCAAGUUGAGAAACACUAUUGGAGCUCAAACAAUGGAUCUUGAAACAAGAAAUUGGAGUAGAUUGAACAAUGCUGUUUUAAUCUUUGAUAAGAAAUACCCUUUGCUUGAAAAGUUCAUUGAAGAAUUUGCUUUGACCUUUAAUGGAAAUAGGUGGGGACACAAUGGACCUUAUCUGGUUUCAAGAGUUGUUUCAAAGUUGGAUGCAAAUUCAAUUCCAGGGUUCAAUUACACUGUUUUGCCACCUUUAGCGUUUUAUCCGGUGGAUUGGAGUAGGAUCCGGAGCUUGUUCAGAAGUUUUGGUGCAGGGGCUGAUUCUAAAUGGUAUACUGGGAAGCUAAACCAGAUACGGCAAAAGAGUUUGGCAGUUCAUUUGUGGAACAAACAAAGUAGAAGUUUGAAGAUUGAAAAUGGGAGCAUCAUCGAUCAAAUACUAAUGGAUUGCUGCAUUUUUUGCAAUUAUUCUUCGGUGUCAGCUUUCUAAGUAUGCGAUAAAGUGCACAUAUCUUCGUCUGAGCACUUGACUCUUCACAAAUCACAAAUAUCAGGUCAGAUUGUCUCAAAAGAUGUUGUUGAAACUUGAAAAUGAGUGAGCACGUUUAGUUGAUUUUAUUAUACUGUAUAUGUUCAGAUUCUUCUCUGAUUUUGAGGCUUGUCAAGUUCUUAUUCAGCCACUAA